AGUGCUAUUCUCGCUAGAUGUGAUGGUCCUCCUCAUCAUCCAGCUCAAUCACACCCACAUCUCACACUCCCUUUUCACCUCGAUUAAAUCACACACCACUGUGCAUUACUGUGUGUUUUUGUGCCUGAAUUCACAGGUCUGUCAGUCCAUUAUAAACCCAUAAAUCGACUUCCACCCUAGAGAUCACAACUCAACUGUUUAAUGGGAGAGGAGGAAAAGAAGCCGGAAAAGGCGGAAGAAGAAGCGAAACUGUCCGCCGGAGAUGAGAAAAAGGAAGAGGAGUCUAAAGAUCCGCUGCCACCACCACCGCCGCAAGAGGUGGUUUUGAGAGUGUUCAUGCAUUGUGAAGGUUGUGCUAGAAAAGUCCGAAGAUGCCUCAAAGGAUUUGAAGGCAUUGAAGAUGUUAUUACGGACUGUACGACUCAUAAGGUCACAGUGAAGGGAGAAAAAGCAGAUCCGUUGAAGGUUCUUGAACGACUUCAGAAAAAAAGUCAUCGGAAAGUUGAGCUUAUAUCGCCGGUCCCAACUCCACCAGCGGAGGAGCCCAAGAAGCCGGAGCAAGAAGAAGCUACUCCAAAACCAGAGGAGAAGAAAGAUGAGCCUCCGCCGGUGAUUACGGUGGUUUUGAAAGUACACAUGCAUUGUGAAGCUUGUGCCCAAGAGAUUAGAAAACGCAUUUUGAGGAUGAAGGGGGUGGAAAGUGCCGUCCCGGAUCUAAAGAACUCACAAGUAAUGGUGAAAGGCACUUUUUCCGCGGUGGAGCUUGUGGAUUACGUGCACAAGAGAACCGGUAAAACCGCGGUGAUGGUGAAGCAAGAUCCCGAGCCAAAGCCAGAGGACGAAAAGAGCGAGAACAACGAGGAUGGUGAGAAAAAGGAAGAUAAGAACGACCGCGACGGUGGCGAGAAGCAAGAAGCGGGGGAAAAGGAGGACACUACGGUGGCCGCGGUGGAGAUGAGAAAAAAUGAAUAUUAUUAUUAUUAUUACCAACCAGCGAAUUACCAAUUAUACCCUCCAAGUUAUGUCGCGGAACAAGCGUAUUCAUACCCACUAGCCCCACAAAUGUUUAGUGAUGAGAACCCCAAUGCAUGCAGGGUAACGUAAAUAAAGGAGGGGUAGAAAAGGAAAGUCACAUGGAAGUUUGUUUGAGCUUUAGUAAAGGUUACAUGUGGACCUGUUAUGGGUAUAAAAGUGUGUUGAAAAUAAAAAGCUCUAGAGUUUUGUGACC